AUGCUCAUUUUGGUUACUCAUCCCCCAGAUGGCCCAGAUGGUCUUAUCCCCAGUGUCGAAUAUCAGAAGAUAGUCUGGGUAGCCGAAUACUUCUUUGACACAGGAAUCUACUGGCCGAAACUCUCUAUCCUCGCCUUCUAUUGGUAUCUUAUACCGGAUGUGUUCCAAUCUUUGAGACUCGCCCUAUAUGCAAUAACGGCGUACCUGGUUUCUUGUAUGACAACAUCUAUUCUACUAAACACUCUGAUAGCCAGACCUAUAUCAGACAAUUGGUCUGUUGAGAACCAACUGAACUCCGCCUGGAACUCCCUGCCCAAUUUUCUCACUCAAUGGUGUUUGAACUUCUCAACGGAUCUGAUCUUGUUCUGUUUCCCAUUCUUCAUUCUCAAACAUCUGACCUUGCGCACUGAGCAGAAACUUGGCCUUGUCGGCGUCUUUUCCCUCGGUGCAAUUACGAUGUCAGCUAGCCUUGCCCGCUUCAUCAUCAGCAAUGCAGCGGAUUAUCAGCUCGAUUACCCCUCUGGAAGUCGAUGCCCUCUGCAUGGCCGAAAUGGCGACUGCAGUUAUUGUUGUCUGUCUCCCUGGCCUGAAAAAAUUGAUCAUGCGAUCGAGAUCAUCUAUCAACACGACGAGUCAAGGGUUCAACUCGAACCAGUCAAGCUCAGGACACUCUUCAAACAUGACGGCGUCCAAAUCGAGGACUGCAUCGCAGGCUUAUGCGGAAUGGGGUGUCAUGGACGAUGA